GUUACGACACACCCAGCUGGGAGUCGUUUCGCAUUAAUCUCUAUCGAUUUGAUCAAAGUUAAUCUAUGGUCUUUUAACGGUGUCACAGUAAAAUCUGUACAUAAUUGCAGGUAAAGUAUAUUUCUUUACUUUCUUGUAACAGGUAAACACCGAUAGAUUUUAAACAUUCAAUCAUGCAUGGUAACUAAGUGUGGUUUGUUAUGACAAAUGUACCGUGUGUACGUAGUAAACAUAACCAUACAUGAGAUAUGAAUGGAGUUGUGAAAUCCUAGUAUCUGAAAUCCAUAAGGAGACAAAAGGGAAUACAGCUGGUGUAAACUGACUAGGGAAUGAAUUCCGAUUCCAUAUUUCAUCAAUGUUUCUCACAACAAGGGCUCCAUAAAUCACAGAGUGAUUGUUCACUUGAAUUCAAGACAUUAAGACGAAAUGACAGUUUUUUCAAAUCGAAAGAUAAGGAAAAGGAGAAGAUACGGAGACAUCUUCCUGUUGGAACAGGAGAAUAUUCUGUAGGAUGUCUGGAUAUUAUGUGUGAUCAUUCUGAAAAGGGGUCUUUCUUCCGGUUGUACUAUCCUAUUGAAAAGACAGAUAUAUACAAACGUGACAAGCAGUGGCCAUUGUGGUUACCAAGGAAACAGUAUGGAAACGGAUAUGCAUAUUUUAUCAGACGCUCCAAGUCAGUCCUAGGGAAAAUGUUUAAUUGGAUGGGAGGUGAUGUCUAUGUACCUGCACUGUGGCAACACUUUCCCCUUCCUGGUAAACGGUACCCAGUGGUGAUAUUCUCUCAUGGUAUUGGUGGUAACAGAACAUGUAACACUACUGUCUGCUGUGAACUGGCUUCUCAGGGUUAUAUUGUGGCAGCUAUUGAACACAGGGAUGGGUCAGCAUCCAUGACCUUUCAACUCAAACAGGACAUUAAAAGUACAGUAAAUGUAUCCAAUAGUAACAAUAGCCAAAUGCACAGAACACAUAGUUUUACAGAAGAAUGGAUGCCAUUUGAUUUUUCACCUCCUCGGUGGGAUGAUUAUGAAAGUAGAAACAAACAGGUGUAUCAAAGGGCUCAGGAAUGUACAUUAGCACUGAAUGUUUUAACAGACCUCGAUAAUGGAGUAACAAUACUAAAUCAACUUGGGGGAAAUUUUAACCUCAAACUGUUUAAAAAUUUAUUUGAUCUGUCAAAAGUAUCACUUGUUGGGCAUUCAUUUGGUGGUUCUACCACUGUAUGUGCUCUAUCAAAAGACACAAGAUUCAAAGUUGGAGUUAUGAUGGAUGGGUGGAUGCAUCCUCUUGAUGAAGAAAUGUAUAAAAACAUUACGCAGCCUGUACUGAUGAUUAAUAUGGAGACGUUUCAAUGGCAGGAAAAUGUGGAUCAAAUGCAACGGCUCCAAGAAGAUCCCAAGGUUCAGAGACCUAUGAUAACAAUUAAAGGAACAUGCCAUCAGAGUGUUACUGACUUUCAAUUUUUAGUAAAAAAACCUCUUGGUAUGUUUAUGGAUGUUCGACACACAUUAUCUCCAAAAAUUGCCAUAGAUGUCUCAAAUAAAGCUACACUAGGAUUUCUUAGGAAGCACCUUGGACAAACAGGGGAUACAUACGAUAGUAUCAUAUCUGGUGAAAAUGAAUAUACUGUUUCGGGUCCAAUCAUUGCACGAGAAAGACCAGCUUGAGGUUUCCAGUACCUGAAAAGGACUAAAGCAAAACCCAUAGAUAAAUCAGGAACUCAUGAUCUCAUUUACUUGGCAUUCAUUGUUCAAUCAAUGCACAAGUUACAAAAAGAAAUGCAACAAGAUCAAGCCAUAUUUACACUGUUUUUAAAUACUAUAGUUUGUACAUUCCUUUAUUUUUUAAAUGAAUGUAAAUUACAUGUACUUAUUGUCCUACUAUCAUGAAGGUACUUAUUGUCCUACUAUCUUGUCCUACUAUCAUGAAGGUACUUAUUGUCCUACUAUCAUGAAGGUACUUAUUGUCCUACUAUCAUGAAGGUACUUAUUGUCCUACUUAUCAUGAAGGUACUUAUUGUCCUACUAUCAUGAAGGUACUUAUUGUCCUACUAUCAUGAAGGUACUUAUCCUACUAUCAUGAAGGUACUUAUUGUCCUACUAUCAUGAAGGUACUUAUUGUCCUACUAUCAUGAAGGUACUUAUAGUCCUACUAUCAUGAAGAUACUUAUUGUCCUACUAUCAUGAAGGUACUUAUUGUCUUACUAUCAUGAAGGUACAUGUACAUAUUGUUCUACCAUCUUGAAGGAAGAUUAAUGUUUGAGGGUAUUUCAAACUACUCUUUUGUAACGUCUAUCAUGAGGGGCCUGAUGGGGGGGGGGGUCUCAUCACGAUUCACGAGUUAACUUUUUUGUUAAUUACGAUUCACAGAAAAAAAAUUUCUCCAUGAUCACGGAUCACGAAAAUAUAAAAAAAAAAAAAUCUGUAGAAAAAAGGAUCACGAUAGCGAAAAUGCGCCGAUCACGAAGAACGAAAAUAACCCAUCAGGCCCCUCUAUCAUGUCCAACGCUUGAGAAUCUCGUGUGAAAAAAUACUACAAAAGAUCAUCACUCAUUAAUGCACAAUUCUGUUUCUUUCUUAUUGUUGUAUAUGUAGCAUAGAAAGAUGAUGAUCCCUGUUUUAACAGUGGUAGCUAUAAAUACAGGUGUGGCAAGCAUUCUGAUGGUCUAGCUAAAAUUUGUGUCACCUUCUUGUUACAGUAAUAUCCAUAGAAAAACGGUUAUACUUAAGUCCAAGGGGUAUGAUUAAAAAAAAAGAUAGAUUGGAAUAAAAAUCAACCUGUUUUGUUUAAAGACAUUACUUGAGUCCCAAGGACUAAAUUUCAUGUGAAUUUGAAUUAAGCAAAAAUGUUGAAUACAUAACUUUUAAUAACUUGAGUUGAUACAUCAUACCUGCCAACUUUUCAAAAUCUCUGAGGGGGGAGGGAUUUUAAGCGCAAGAGGACCUAAUGCUUCUCUUAUAUUGUCAUAAGUGUUUUUAAUCUACUUCUAUCAUGUCUUUAUUGCUUGAAUGAGUAUGUAAGUGUUUAAAUACCCUUUUAACUCAUUUGAGUGCCUGUUUUAAGGUGUACAUAUAUAUACUAGAAACUGGAUCAAUAUUGAACUAACCACUAUAACGGGAAAAUGAGUGAAAUAAACUGUGAUUUACCCAGGAAAACUAAAACCAACCUCCAACUUUGCUGGUAGAGGACUAAUAAAAGUACCUCAGUCAUUCAACAGCAAACUUUGCUGGUAGAGGACUAAUAAAAGUACCUCAGUCAUUCAACAGCAAACUUAGAAAAGACUUGACCCUAAUAUAAAAACAAGUGAUUAAGUGCAGAAUUUUUAAGAAGCAAUUUGGGAAUUGGUAAAAUCACUUGUAGCCUUACAUUUUAAACCUUAAUUUAAUAGAAACACAUAAAAUCAUGAUGGACGAGUACAUAUGAAUGUUUCUAUUAUAUGAUGGAUGGCUAACACUUUAUUAAAAGGGUUAUAUUUGUUAAAUCCCUAUUUGCUUGAUUAAAAUAUACCUUAAAGGAAUAGGUAAUCACAAAUGUUCCGAUGUAAAAUUUGUCUUAAGAGUUGUUUAGGCCUCACAUGCAUUCUUCUGUGGAAACCUUUACCAACUGUUACAUGGUAUUGUUUCACAAUCUGCACAGUGAAAUAAUGAAAUUGUUGCUUUUGAGUUUGACUUUUCACAAAUCACAAUUUGUCUUAUUGCUUACAGCUAAAGCUACUUUAUUUAUUGUGGAAAUGACAAUUUUAUACUUGACAAAAAUAAUAUAUGAAGAAUAUUGGGAUAUUGUAAUGUUUAUUUAUACAUAUACUACUGAACAUUUGAUCAAAUGACUAUGUGACAUAAAUGUGUUUAAAUGUGCUUUGUUUAAUGUGCUUUGUUAAAUGUACUAGCAAUUUUGUAUAUGUACAUAUAUAUGUUUGCAUUUUUUAUAUAUUUUUAUUUGCUCAGCAAAAAGUGCAAACUUUUAAAACCAUGCCAAGUGUCUUUCAUAUAAUCUGUGAUAUUUUGUCUUUUGUAAUAUGGUAUAUAUUUUUUAUCUGUACUUACAUGGAUUUUGUAUGUAUAUGAUUAAAGUGCAAACAAAAAAGUUUAGCAUAAAUGUUAUAUGUUUAAUGUUUCAUCAAUUUAAGGUCUAUCCUCUAGUUGUAGACAUGAAUGAUGUCAACUCUGCCUGGAAAGGUUUGAAGCAAGCUUAGUAUAUAAAAAUUAAAAUAAUGUACUGUCUCUAUGUAAGGUACCCGGUACAUGUAUAUUGAAUUGAUAAGUGUGAUAAUUAUGUCUGUAUGUCUUUGGGCACUCCGUCAGUACUUAACUUAGUCUGUAUGUCUUUGGGCACUCCGUCAGUACUUAACUUAGUCUGUAUGUCUUUGGGCACUCCGUCAGUACUACUAUAAUUAUGUCUGUAUGUCCUUGAGGAUGGAAUUUGAAAAAAAGGCAGGACAGGAGUUUUCAGUAAAAAAAAAAAGGCAGGAUGAGCAACUUUGCAAAAAAAAAGUCAGGAUGAUAAUUUAUGUGAAAAAAAGGCAGGAUAAACUAAUAAAAAAAGGCAGGACCAAGUAGAGUGAAAAAUAAAAAGGCAGGACAGUGAUUUCAACUAAAAAAUAAUGCAGGACAAAAUUUUUCAUCCUAGCCCCUCCCCAUAAAAAUCAAAUGGUAGUCCCUAAUUUCAUAACUUUUUUUGUGCAAUUCUUAAUGUGAUUGUAGAACAAUAGAGGGAAUUGUGAGAUUAAUUAUUGUGAUUUCAGGCAAUGCUGUAUACGAACAAUACAAUCAAAAUUUAAAAUGCAAGUUUUUAUUUUCUCAAAACCAUCUUAUUGCAGUAUUCGCAAUUAACAUAGCAAAGAUUUCCGAAUUUUUAAUAUAUAUGUUUAAAAUAUUCUAUUUUGUACAUGAUAUUUUAUAAUAGUAAUUAAUUAUGAUUCCUGUUUUGAUAUAUAUAAUAGAAAAAUAGUAUUUUUUAACACAAUUUUUUUUCAGGUUUAAACUUUUAAUGUCUUUUGUUUUUGCUCUCUUACUGUUUCUUAAACUUUUUCACUGGAGUAUUUUUAUCUUUUAUUUUUGUCUUAGAAUAUUUUUGUUAAUCUUAUAUUAGAGUUAGUAUUUCAUUCUUUUCCUGAAGUAGUUUUUUCAUCCAUUUUAUUAUUGUUUAGGGGUAUUUGCUUUACUCUUACACUGGAGUACUUCUCUUGGUCUUGUGUUGGAUUAUUUAUCUUCUUACCAAGAGUGUUUCAUUAAAUUUCGCAUUAGAGUGAUUUUUAUAUUCUUGCCCUGGAGUGGUAUCUCUUAUUUGUGGCAUUUGUCUUACUAUCAAAUUAUAAUUUUUUAAAUUAUAUGUAAACCAUAUCCAUCUUGUUGUGAAUACUCUCUCAAUUAAUGGUACAUGUUUUCAUAAUGUUCAAUCCAAUAUUUUUGUCAAAAUAUAUGCUGAUUAAAUGUUGGUGCUAAAUCUUUGUAUUGGUUAUUUAUGAAAUGAAUUAGAAUAAGUUAUUUUUGCUAUUCACAAAAAUAUAUGAGAUAUUUUUUGUCUCAAAUGCAGUAUUGCUGUAGAUUUUUUUCCAGACUGCAUCUCUUUGUGUUCUAUUUUCUGUUAUUAUAUUGAAGUUUCCUUUGCAUUCUAAACAUUUAUAUACAUAAGUGUCUGUUUAAAUAGUUUGACAUUAUUGAAUUUAUUUUGAAAUUCAGCUGUGUGACAUUUAAGUUCUUUAAUAUGGGUAAUAAUGACUUUUAUUGUUUUGAACCACAAAAAUUCAUUGAAUAACUGUAUUUUUUUAUUCUGGAAAAUUGUUAUUUUUGUACAAGUGCCUUUCCAUAAAGGGGAUUUUUUUCAGGAUUAUUUUUUAAAUGUCUUCACACAUAUAGUCUCAGAUAUUUGAAUGCAUGUUAUUUUUUUUUAAAAUAACAGAUUGAAUCAUUAUCAUUUUAUACAAACAAAAACUUAGAAUAGAAAGUCCCAACACAAAAAAUAUAUAUUUAAUUAUCAUCUACAUAUAUUUGAUGUCUAUAAAUAUGCACUGCUGUAUUCUCACAGUCUUAUUUUGUUUAUUUAUAAAGGAGUUUACCACUCGCAUGUUAAACUUUACUUAGAUUUCAUAACCGCUCAGGUUUUUUCCAUGACAAGGCUAUAAAUUUUUAAAAGUUGUUGUUCAACAAGCCAUGUUUUUCUCAAUAUUUUUUUAUGAUCUUACAUCUCAAAUAGACUUAAUUUGAAAAAAUAUUUCAAAAUUCAAACUAUUUCCGAUAUAAUUUUGAACAGAUUAACACUUAUUUAAUGCAAUGCAUUACAAAUAAAAAAUACAUAGACAAUGUAAAAUAAUUAGAUUUUUCAAUUGCUUGUAUAUUAAAAGCAAGUACACAAACCUAUCUGUAUUUAUCCAUAAUUUUGUAGUAUAUUACAAUAUCUUUUUUUAAAAGAUGGCUUUAAUGAAAAUGUUGUUAUUAAAAAUGUCAGAACCUUUUAAAUGAAUUGAAGAAAAUAUUGUGUCCAUUUCAUGUCAUGUUAUAAACUAAUUCCAUAUUCUUACAAAAUAAUCUAGAAUAACUGUAUACUUUGUACUAGUUUAUAUUUUUACACAAGAUUUUAAACACUAUUUUUAUGCAAGACAUUUCAUUUUGUAAGAAUGGGACAGUUGGGAGUAAGUAGAGUCAGUUUAGCAAAUCUUGCACAGUAUUUGUCUUUGACAAACUUUGAUUAUAGACAUCAAUCAUUCCCUUAUGUUAUGAUUUUCUGUCUAUUUUUACUGGUACUUAUUGUAAGAUGCUAUACUGUUACUAUUUCAUGAUUUUUGUCUAGUCCAGUGCUCUUUGAUGCCAUAUAUAAUUACCGGUAAUACUUUAAUACACAAUAAAAAGAACUCCUGGCCUUUUAAUAACUUUUGUAUUUGCUGAAUCCUGAUUUGAUCCUAACAUUUUUAUAUGAUUUUAAGAGGUAAAUGCUGUUAACUGUAAUGUGAUUCACAUAAUAAUUAUAUAAAAGCCUUGACAGAAAAUGUGAUUCACAUUUUAUUAUAUAAAAGCCUUAACAGAAAAUGUGAUUCACAUUUAUUAUAUAAAAGCCUUAACAGAAAAUGUGAUUCACAUUUUAUUAUAUAAAAGCCUUGACUGAAAUUGUGAUUCACUUAAAAAAAAGCCUUGAUCAUAAAUGUGAUUCACUUAUAAAAGCCUGGACCAAUAAUGUGAUUCACUUAUCAGAGCCUUGACUGGAAAUUUGAUUCACUUAUAAAAUUGUAAAAGCUUUGACUGAGAUGUGAUUCACUUAUAUAAGCCUCGACUUAAAAUUAAAUGUAUCAUGUCAGUGCCUAACCCCUUAUAGGAAAUCACAAAUAGGUCCAUUCAUGCCUUCAAUAAAAACAGAUGUAAAAUGUGUCACUGUUUAUAACUUAUGUAGUUGACCAAUGCAAAAAUAACCAUGAAGCUUGCUUCAGUAUUACUAACAUAUUAGCAAUCACUCAUUUAUCAUAGAAGGGUAACUUGAAAGAUUUAUAUUUCAUUGAACCAUUCACUGUUUGUUAUUAUUUUUUUCUUUGUUUCUUUUACAACUAGAAUACUUAACUAUUGUUUUGUUACUAUGUUUUUUAUGUUGCACAAUAGAAGUUUGUUUUGUUACUACAAAUAACCCAUUAUGUAUGUGUCAUAUUGUAUGACCGUGGAAAUAAUUUAGAAAUCCCUUUAUAGAUGUAGCUGGUAUUUUCCUUUUAAGCACAUAUUUUGUAUAGCUUUGAUAAAAAUUUAUCUUCGUUCCCACUUAGAAUUUGAUUUUUACCUUGCACAAUUAUAUUUUUACCUUCGCUGUGAAAUUAUUUUAUAGUUCCUAAAUCACAAAUGGAUAUGGAUUUUAAUAUAUUAUAUACCCAAACAUGGACAGAUGUAUAAAUUAGAGUUCCUGUGGCAACUGUCAGAGAACUGCUGCAGAUACAACUUACAUUUUUUUCUGCUUAAAAAAUCUAAAACUAACACUGUUUGGUAAAAUAAACAUUCAACAAGAUAUACUUUUCCGAAAGGGAGACUAAUCUUGUAAAUUAAAGAAAUUGACAACAACAUUUGAAAGUAAGGAAUACAAUAUUUCCAUGGUACAACAUUUAAAUUAUAAUAGUGCUUGCAAUCACAUUGCAGGAUUAGUAAUUUACCUGUUUGGUUUAAAGUAAAUGGGACUGUUAUUGUCUGUGAAUGAGAAACUCAUUAGUUUCUCAUUGACAUAAUAAUUUCUAUCUACAGGGAUAUAUACAGCAUUUAUUCACAUUAGAUGUAAUAUUAGAUUUGAACAAAAUCAAACACAGUAAAAGAUUAUAUUAAAGUCAAGCUUUAUUUAGUUAUGUAGAUAAUUUUGUAUACAGAAAGUGAAAUAGUUGAAAAAUUGAGAUUAUUUCUAAGUUUGUACAACCAAAUAUCAUAGCUAUAACGGUUUAAAAAUUGGAAAGUUUUAUUUUAAUUAUUUUAUUGUUUAUCUGCCAACCAAUUAAUUGUUUAAGUUUAAUUUGAAUUAGUGACUAUAACAUCAUCACACUAUGAUUGGCAAACAUGACUGUGAGGUUACAAUUGGUUAUGUUAUUAUUAAUCAGUUGUAGCCAAUUGUGAGCAUUGCAUUGUGCACACCAAGAUUUUUAACUAUUUUUGCAAUAAAAUUAAAUGAAACUGUUAGAA